UCAGCCUACAGAGUCAUCUAAGGGAAUGGUAGCUCAAUCUUCAGUACAUUUUGAAGUGACAGCUCUAGUUCAUGAUCAGUCUCAGUAUCCAAGCUCAGAGGCUCCCCAAAAGGCUACAGGCUCUACAGUCCCAACAACUACAUCCUCUCCUCCAACGCACAGUGAGGUCACACUUUCACCUCCAAACCAGGUUCAGACUCAGCAGCCAAAUCCAACUCAGGUCACAACCCAGUCUUCACACACAGAAUCUUCCACAACUCCACAACCUGUUACAGUGGUAAGCCAUUCUCCACCUGUUACUGAGAUCACAUCUCAGCAUCCAAAUUCAGAAGCCAUAGAGCCUGAAGUCCCAACAGCUACAUCUUCUUCAUCAUAUUCUAAGAUGAUACUUCCAUCUCCAGAACAGCUUCAGACUCAGCAAAUCCCAAGUGAAGUCACACUCCAACCCAUGGAUGCGGAAUAUACCAUAACUCCAUAUGCUGCAAACGUUAAUGCAGAAAGAAAGCCAAUUAUUAAAAUGAAACAAAAUGCCUCCAUAAGCACCAACCUAUGUGACUUCUGCUUGUGUGAAAAUGGCACACUAUCAUGUAUUCAUCUCAGCCCAAUGCGGAGACUCCACCAAGUGCCUGUGCCAAGGCCCAGCACCUACAAAGGCACUUUAACUAUUUUGUAAGUUCCAGUCCCUAGAAGGUGAAUAUUUACCUCCUGAAAAGGCUAAUUUGGAUGCCAAGAUUUUGGUGAAAUUAUUGUUACAACUAUUUCUGUGUCUAAUAAUCCUUCAAUUUCAAUGUCAUUUAUUUGUAGU